AGAGAGAGAGAGAGAGACAGAUAGAAAGACGGUGCGCGAGAGGGGGAAGGAAAAUAGAGCGAGAUACGAGAAAUCAUUUUCGAGCUUCCCUCGUCGCCCUCGAGAUUAUGGCUCGUGUCGCGCUGCGGAUUUCGAGGCGCGGGCGAGCUCGUCGGCAGUAAGGAUUACGGGCGAUGUUUCCCGCGAGUGAGUAUCAUGAACUGUGCGACGAUCGAUUGAUCGAACGCCGGAAGGAGGAGAUCGGAGAAUGACCGCGUCGUCGAUCGACGCGUGAUCCCGCGAGGAAAAUUCCCAUCAUCGAAGGAAGGACAAACGGACCGACCCCGCGCCUGGAGGAGGGAGGAGAGGCCCGCGAGAGGAUAUUCGCGCGUCGCUCCAACGUCACCGGGGACGAGAGUGCGAGCGGACGCGCGACACGCGCCCGCGCGCGCGCGCGGGCUCGCGCCGACCGUGUCUCGUGAAGUUGGCCGCGCUUCGGCGCGCGAGAUUCAAUCUAGUCAGCCGAGUUUCGCCGGGGGAAUUUACAUCUUUCUUCUUCCCUCGCGACCUCCGAGAGGAACGCGCUCUACGAAAGUGUCGAAAAAAAGGUAAACAGUCGGCGAGCGAGAGAGAGAGACAGAGAGAAACAGCGAAACAAUCACACACAGAAACAGUCUUGACGCAAGGUCGAGCCGUGUUUACGUCGAAUAUCGAGGGACGCUGCGUGUUCGACGACGACGAUACGCAGUGCGGUAUCGGACGUGUUCACGCUCGGACGAGCAGCACGAGCGGCGACGUCGAUGACCGGGCGACGAGGACGGGUCGGACGAAGGAACGCGCGGCACGCGACUUCCGUUGGCGUUGGGGCGACCGGGCCGGGGAGUUCGCGUCGCGGUUACUCGAAUGCCGCUGAUCCUCUCGAUUCUCUCGAAAGCUCUCGCGAGUCGAACGGUUAGUGCGCGAGCGCGGUGGCCGCGCGCGAUAUAUCGCGACGUUCGCGGUGCAGUGAUAUCAUCGCCGGCGAGGUGCAUCGUAUGCGCGCUGCAUAGUUGGAGAAAGUUGAGAGAGGAGGAUAUAACGUAUACAUAUAUAUCGCAUACACGCGUAAAGGCGUACACAGGAAACGUGACGUGUCGGAAAGUGUCGAAUCUGUCGAGAAGGCGGGACGAACAAAGUUUGCGUAAGUAGUGCUCGUCGAGAUUAACUCAUGUAUCCCUGGUACCGGGACAGCGUCGCGGCCGCUGCCGCGGCUGGCCUCGGCGGGCCUGUCGGCGUGGUUGGUUCCGGGUUCUGCUCGACCGGGCCGGGCCAGGGUGCGACCACGAUCAAGACUGAGAGCGGAUACUCGGACUGCAUGCUCGCCCUCGACUACGUCCAGAGCAAGAAGAAUUCGUUCGCAUGGUCGGAGGGUGGCGAAGAAGGCGGUGGUGGCGGUGGUGGAGGUGGCGGUGGGACGGGUGGGACCGGAACAGGUGGUACAGGCCCAGCGACCACCGGUAGCGGUGGUCUGGCCCAUUGGGUUAGUGUCAUGGCGGAACACAUUCACAAUCCGCACUCGGCCACUGGCGUCGGUGUUCACCAUCAACAACAAUCCCCACCUCAGCCGCCUUAUCCGUGGAACAAUGGCCUUUCCAGUGACCAAUGUGCCCCGCACGACAAGGAAAGCGACUAUUGGGGUGGCAGCCGAGGCGCGAAACAAGGUUACGAGCACUUUCUGUUGCAGGCGAAAAUGAACGCGGAUCAUGGUCAGCUGCAGAAAGGUGACGAGCAGUAUCGGGGCGCCGGCGGUUCGAGCAGCGGAAGUCCACCCGCCAGUCUCUUGGUGGUUCCUCAACCUCUCACCGUCAAACCCUCCCAUCCGUCGCAUCUGAAUUCUCAUCUCGGCGGACCGCACUCGCAUCCGCCGAGGAAGUAUCAAUGCAAGAUGUGUCCGCAGAUAUUCGGUAGCAAGGCGGACCUGCAGCUCCAUACGCAGAUCCAUAUGCGCGAGGCGAAGCCGUACAAGUGUACGCAGUGCUCGAAGGCGUUCGCCAACUCCUCGUACCUGUCACAGCAUACGAGGAUCCACCUGGGCAUUAAGCCGUACCGUUGCGAGAUCUGCCAACGGAAGUUCACCCAGCUGAGUCACCUACAGCAGCACAUUCGCACGCACACCGGCGACAAGCCGUACAAGUGCCGGCAUCCGGGCUGCACGAAAGCGUUCAGCCAAUUGAGCAAUCUACAGAGCCACUCGCGAUGCCACCAAACCGACAAGCCGUACAAGUGUAACUCCUGCUACAAGUGCUUCUCCGACGAGCCGAGCCUGCUCGAGCACAUACCGAAGCACAAGGAGUCGAAGCACCUGAAAACGCACAUCUGCCAGUACUGCGGCAAAAGUUAUACCCAGGAGACCUAUUUAGCGAAGCAUAUGCAGAAGCACGCGGAGAGAACGGACAAGAGACCGCCGAUCAUCGGGACGGGCCUCAGGCCGUCGAUACACGCGAUGGCCACUCAUCAUCAGGACCACUAUUGGCCCAAGGUAAGCCCGGAUUCGGUGAUCGGUGACCUGCACGAGAGGCUGCCGCACCAUCACGCGGAGUAUCAUCAGAACCAGAAUCCGGAGAUGCUGCUGCCGGGACACGGGCAUCGCACGGGCGAGCCCAUCGAGAAUGACUCGAGGCAACAGACGCCCCAGCCUGGCGCGAAUCACCAUCCCAACAGUAGUUCGGCCUUCACGCCGAUCUCGUCGAUCUCGAUCAACUCGAUCUCCUCGAUGCAGCACCCGUUGAAUCCGCUGAAUCAUCUGCACUAUCCCGGCAGUCAUCACCCGGCAUCACGGCCGUAUCUCUACGAGGCGUUCAACACGACGCAGAAGUCGUCGCCCACGUCCUCGUCCGCCGGCGUGACGCCCGGCACCACCAGCAACCAAAACGCCACGUCUUUCCCGAAUCAGCUCAUCAGUCUCCACCAGAUCAGAAAUUACGCUCAUCAGCCGAAUCUCGGCAAUCUGGGCAACCUGGGGAAUCUGGGGAACUUGAGCAAUCUCAGCAAUCUCAGUGCCACGAUGGAGAGCCACGCGCUGCUGGGCGGUCUCAAAGAGAAGCAGUAACUCUAGCUGGUCUUGGGGAUUAACUUCGGGAAGCACUCGCGGGCUCUCUUCAUCACGGUUCUUUUAGUCUUUCUCUUCUACUUUCCAUGACACGGCACGUUGUGAGCUUGAGCUCUCUCGCUUCAUCCGGCUCGAUCGUCUUCUCCUCUCCGUGAUCUCUUUAUACCCGUCUAAUUUAUUUUUUACGCUGGUGUAUACGCAAAUCCCACGCAAAUGACUCCGAAACGUAACUUUCCUUUCAAACGUUUGACUUCGGUGUUUAAUUACAUUUUGCAUUCGUAUUGCAUAGGUAUGUAUGCCUGUAAGAACAAUAGCGCGUCUCAUCGUAAUCUUUUAAUAGAUUUCCCAGACAGCACAAAAAGGCCAAAAGAUGUCUUAAAGAUGUCUAAAGGACUUUAAGACAUCUUUAAGUCGUCUUUUAGAUGUCUUUUGGACAUGUGUGCUAUCUGGGUUAAUGCUUACGAUGAUAAUCGUUGCCAGAAAAUGGAUAAGAGGUGUACGAGAUGUAUGCUCGUACGGUCGAAAUCAUUUUCGACAACCCGUACAAGACUAUCCGCUGUCUUUCCUUUCUCUUCCUCUUUUUUUAUCUUCUUUCCUUUUUUUUAACGUCUUAUCUAUAAGUCUUU